UCGGGCCUGACAGCCGCCCCCUUCCCCUCCAGAACGACAGAUCCUACGAGCAGCUGAAGAGCAGCCUUGGGGACAUGUCCGCCAUCUCGGAGAUGACCAUGGAACUCAACAACAUCAAUCUGAUCCAGUGGCUGGCAGAUGGACGACCUGGCAACCCUGGGGAGGGGGCUCCUGGGACCCCCGCGGGGGCCCCCGCCAUGGCCCCGAAGCCAAUCGGCAGCAACCCAACCUCCAGCUCCAGCAGCCCCAGAAGCAGCUACUACAGCAGCAAUAGCAAUUACAACAGCGAGCUGUCCCCGGUGCCCCCCUCCGUGGAAGCGGCUACCAUCCCUGCCACCGUGGGCACCUUCCCCCGGGAACAGCUGAUCCACAAAGCCGUGGAGGACCUCCCCGAUGGGGUGGACCCAUCCAAGAAAGAGCAUUAUCUUUCAGAUUCAGACUUCCUAGAUAUCUUUGGCAAGUCCAAGGACGAGUUCUACCAGAUGGCCAAGUGGAAGCAGCAGAACGAGAAGAAGCAGCACGGCCUGUUUUAGGGUCCCAGCAUGCUUGGGACAUGCACCCCCCGGCCCCGGGGCCCCAGCGGGCCUUUGCCGCCCCCAGAACUCCUCGUUCCAGCACACGGGGGUCCCCGAGAGCUCCAGAGGCUGAGCUGAGGAGGAGGAAGGGCAGCCUGCCGUGCCCUCGUGGUGCCCUCGGCGGAGCCCGGCUGCCAGCCCCCACUCCCCUGCACCCCGCAGUCUGACAAUAAAGGCUUGCCACCCUUC